UUGAAGCAUAAACAGCUUUGCUUUUGCAGAGAAAGAUAAGCUCAUCUCCAUUACUCUCUCUCUCACUCCCUCCUCUCAUCUUCUCUUCUUCCUCUAAUUUUGUUUUUGUUUUCAAUUAGCAAGGAAACGGCAUCGUUUCUUUUGUCUUGCCUGAGUUUUCCAAAUGGAGUUUGAGGAUCAGGAAGAGCACGAUGAGGAUAUGGAGCUGCCGGCGAGUUACGACUCGCUAGGCAACACUACCCGCCCAAAUUCGGGACCCGAACCCAUUCUCUCCGCGAGUGUUGCGGGCCCGAAGAAACCCAGGUACCGAGAGUGCCUGAAGAACCACGCUUUAGCAAUCGGAGGUCAGGCAGUGGACGGCUGCGGCGAGUUCAUGGCGGCUGGAGCAGAAGGUACGAUGGAUGGGCUAAAAUGCGCCGCGUGCAACUGUCACCGUAAUUUCCACAGAAAGGAGAGCGCCGAAUCUUGCGGUGAAGUCGUUUUCCAUCCCCACCUCGGGGUCCCGCAAUUCACGCCCUACUACCGAACUCCAGCUGGAUACCUUCAGGUGGCACCUCAGCAGCAGCAGCAGUACCGGCCUCUCGCUCUACCUUCGUCGUCAGGCGGUGGAGGGAGUCACAGUCGAGGAGAGGAUCAAGAAGACGUGUCGAAUCCGGGAGUGUACGGAGGAGUUUCGCGGAAGAGACACCGAACAAAGUUCACGCAGGAGCAGAAGGAGAAGAUGCUUGGACUGGCGGAGAGGCUCGGGUGGAGAUUACAGAAGCACGAUGAGGAAGUUGUCCAGCAGUUCUGUAACGAGACAGGUGUGAAGAGGCAGGUGCUCAAGGUGUGGAUGCAUAAUAACAAGCACACUUUGGGGUGGAUAAGCCGAUGACAUGAUUUUCACACAUUCAGUGCAAGUUGAGAUUUUCUGUUUUAUGAGUUUCAGUGGGCAUUAUCAUGCUUUGUUUUUAGCACUCUUAAUGAUACCUAUAUAUGUAGUGGUUAGUCUAUCAGUUCCAUGAGUGUUUUCACUUUUACAAUUUGCGAGAUGAAUGUUUGUUCAGCGCAGCGCGCGUAAGAAUCUCAUCUUGUAUUAUCCUUUCACACUAAACCUCGGCUCAGUACCAAUCAAUUGUCCGAUGAGGACUUUGAGCAGCAUGAGGAGGGGAGAGAGAGAGUGAGGUUGAACAUGGUUGAAGCUGCAAAAUCUGGGUUUUCUUGGAGUACUGACCUAUAUUUACCUUAUGUCAUGUCAUCUUUUCUCAAGUUUUUUGGAGGCUGUAUUUUGGCAUUGACAUCUGUUUCUACAUUUGUCUUCUGUGAGAAAUAUGUAUAAUGUCAUUCAUUUCUUGUUGUAACAAUACUUCUCACUUGAUGUCAUUUAUUCCUUAAAGAGAGAGUUGUGUUUGGGAUCUUGUUCA